AUCUCUUUCCUCAUAUCUCAGUUUCCUCUAAAAUCUCAGACAGGAGAAAGAGAAAGAGAGAGAGAUGGGAGAGGUUACCAUAGGUUCAAUAGUUCAGUCAUGCCCCAAGAGGAGGUUACUACGCACAGUGGCGCAACCUAGCGGAGGAGCAUGGAAGUGGAAGCUGAGUCCAAAAUGGCAAUAUUGCCAUGUGUUGAUGGAACCAAAACCACGGACACUGGUCGUAAAGAACCAGACAACGAAGCCCGCCACCUAUACUUCCAGAAUUGCCACUGAUAUCCCGCUCUACGAGUCCCCUGCGGCUUCUUUCGAUCAAUAUUUGGAGGAUAAGCCCAGAGUAUUCAAAGCAAUCUUUCCGGACAAACAAAGAAGCCAACGACUUAAUCAGGAAGAAUGGAGAAUCCAGAUGUUACCUAUCAAUUUUCUAUUCCUGACCGUCCGUCCAGUAAUAGACAUGAGGCUGCGGUGUAAAUCUAAAGGGAUAGAUUACCCACCUGGAGUUCCUCCCAAUAUCACUAAGGUUCUUGAGCUUGACAUUAUAAGAUGGGAGCUUCAAGGGCUAGAUGAUAUGCUCAAGCCAUCUCACUUCACCCUUGGUGUAGAAGGAGCCUUGUACUCCGAUAGACGAGGAAGGAGCAGCCGCCUUAAAGGUCUAUUAGAGAUGAGCAUAAGCUUUGUUCUCCCUCCCGUGCUUGCUUUGGUCCCAGAUGAUGUUCGUCGAGAUGUAGCAGAAUCGGUGCUAUCAAGAUUGGUGGAGAACAUGAAGCAUAAAGUUAAUGGUAGCUUGCUUUCUGAUUAUAGUAGGUUCAAGAGGGAGAAACAGAAGAACUUAGUUUGAGCUCUUAGUUUGAUCUGCCGAGAAACGAAAGCAGGAUAGAAGCAGACCGAAUUGGAGAUAUGAGGACAAAUUGCAAAAACUCGCAAAGAGGCGAAGAAGGAGAAAGUCGGGGAUUCAAGUUGUUAAGAGAAACCAAUCUUAAGCAGAAUUUGAAAUUUGUUGAGAGAUAUCUUGUGUUGGGAGGCAAUUUUGAAACUUUUGGGACUUAGUAAUCUGAAUUUCUGAAUUGUAGAGACAUGAAGACAGUUGUUUUUAUUUUGGAAAAAAAAAAAACGAAAUGUAAAAAUGCAAAAUGCAGAUGUUUUUCAAUUUAA